CAUUUGGUUUCAUUUUCAAGGUCCUUUGCGGUUAUUCGUCAUUUCGGUCCGGUCAAGAUCAAUUAAACUACCAAGACGUCAAGAUCAAUUAAACUACCAAGAUAAUAGGUGUUUUGAAAUAAUUAACAUAAAGUUUAGAAUUCCAUUUACGUAUUAGCGAGUUCCAUCGUUGUGGGUUUGAAGUUGAAAAUUUUUAUAGCUCUGUCUUGCACAUAUGUUUCCUUAUUUCCCAUCUCAUCUUGCAUCAUUGAAUGAUGUAACGAACGUAUAAAGUUUGUGGUAGGUACUUCUUAAUACGAUUCAGUUUUGGUUUUAUUAUUAUUUGAAUGUCAAUGUUAUCUUUAUUCUUUAUUUAUCAAGGGUAUUGAUAAGUUGAUUAGUUACAUUUUAUUCUUAUUACUAUUACGUGUAGCAAGCCAGAAAAUGUCUACAGCCGGUCAAGUUAUAAAAUGCAAAGCUGCAGUGGCCUGGGAAGCCGGAAAACCUUUAUCCAUCGAAGAAAUCGAAGUGGAUCCACCGAAAGCUGGCGAAGUUAGAGUCAAGAUACUUGCAACCGGUGUAUGUCAUACCGAUGCUUAUACUUUAUCGGGUAAAGACCCAGAGGGGGUCUUUCCAGUUAUUCUAGGCCAUGAAGGUGGUGGUAUCGUAGAAAGUAUCGGAGAAGGUGUUUCAACGGUGAAGCCAGGUGAUCAUGUUUUGCCAUUGUAUGUCCCUCAGUGCAAAACAUGCAAGUUUUGCCUCAACCCAAAAACUAACCUUUGUCAAAAGGUACGUGUCACUCAAGGUCAGGGUGUGAUGCCAGACGGUACAAAACGAUUCCGCUGCAAAGGUCAAGAACUGUUUCACUUCAUGGGAUGCUCCACAUUCAGUGAAUAUACAGUGGUUCUAGAAAUUUCCUUGUGUAAGAUUGCAGAUGUUGCUCCGUUGGAUAAGGUAUGCUUGCUAGGAUGUGGUAUUACAACUGGUUAUGGAGCUGCCCUGAACACAGCAAAAGUUGAAGCCGGGUCCAACUGUGCUAUAUUUGGCUUGGGGGCUGUGGGUCUGGCUGUUGCUCUAGGCUGCAGAGUGUCUGGUGCAAAACGCAUAAUUGGUGUGGAUAUUAACCCAGAUAAAUUUGAAAUAGCCAAGAAAUUUGGUGUUACCGAGUUUGUCAACCCUAAGGAUUACGAUAAACCUAUACAGCAGGUCCUUGUUGAUUUGACUGAUGGGGGAUUGGAUUACACUUUUGAAUGUAUCGGCAAUGUAAACACUAUGCGUGCAGCUUUAGAAGCAGCUCACAAAGGUUGGGGAGAGUCUAUAAUCAUUGGAGUUGCUGGUGCUGGAGAGGAAAUCAGUACACGUCCAUUCCAACUAGUGACCGGCAGAGUUUGGAAAGGCACAGCCUUUGGAGGGUACAAAAGCAGAGACAGCGUUCCUAAAUUAGUAGACGAUUACCUCAACAACAAACUACCUCUGGAUGAUUUUGUUACCCAUAAAGUACCAUUGGAUGAAAUUAAUGAAGCAUUUCAUUUGAUGCAUAUUGGAAAGGCUAUUCGUGCGGUUAUUGAGUUCUAGAAUUAGGAACUGUUUUGGGUUAUAUAAUGACAUAACUAUUAAGCAUUUAACAAUUUGUAUAUUAUGUAAAUUUAUUCAAAGUUUGUAUUACAUCUUUUGUCUAUAAAAUA